AUGAUUGUGCUUUUGAUUGUCCUGUGCAUCACGGAUGGAGUGCUCUCUCAGAUUCGCUACUCUGUGCCGGAGGAGGCGGACCAUGGCACCUUGGUGGGGAAUAUCGCCGAGGACCUGGGACUGGACCUUACCAAACUGGCCUCCCGCCGCUUCCAGGUGGUGCCCAGCUCUCGGACACCGUACCUGGAGGUGAACCUGGAGAACGGCGUCCUGUUCGUUAACGAGAAGAUCGACCGGGAGCAGAUCUGCAAGCAGAGCCCCAGCUGCCAGCUCAACAUGGAAGUGUUCUUGGAGAACCCGCUGGAGCUGUUUCGGGUCGAGAUCGAGGUGGUGGACAUUAACGACAACCCGCCCAGCUUCCCGGAGACAGACAUCACGGUGGAGAUCUCGGAGAGCGCCACUCCGGGCACCCGUUUCCCCCUGGAGAGCGCGUUCGACCCGGACGUUGGCUCUAACGCUUUACGCACGUAUGAUAUCACCACAAAUAACUACUUUUAUCUGGACGUGCAGACCCAGACGGACGGGAACAAGUUCGCGGAGCUGGUCCUGGAGAAACCGCUGGAUAGGGAGCAGCAGGCGGCGCACAGGUAUGUGCUGACCGCGGUGGACGGCGGUCAGCCUCCCCGGACUGGCACCGCGUUGCUGGUGGUCAAAGUGCUGGACUCUAAUGAUAAUGUGCCGGUGUUUGACCAGCCCGUUUACACGGUGAGCCUCUCGGAGAACGCGCCGGUGGGCAAGCUGGUCAUACAGCUGAACGCCACCGACCUGGACGAGGGAUUAAACGGGGAGAUAGUUUACUCCUUCAGCAACCACAUCUCCAACCGCGUUAAGGACCUGUUCAGCAUAGACCCGCGCACCGGGCGCAUCGAGGUGCGCGGAGAGGUGGAUUUCGAGGAGAGCAGCCUGUAUCAGAUCUUCGUGCAGGCCAAGGAUAUGGGACCAAACGCGGUGCCAGCGCACUGCAAAGUGCUGGUCAAAGUCAACGACGUGAACGACAACGCGCCCGAGAUCACCUUCAGCACCGUCACCGAGUCAGUGAGCGAAAAGGCGGCUCCCGGCACCGUCAUCGCGCUGCUGAGUGUGACGGAUAAGGACGCAGAGGAGAACGGACAGAUCCACGUGGAAAUCCUCGGUGAAGUCCCGUUCAAAUUAAAAUCUUCCUUCAGGAAUUAUUUCACCAUAGUGACCGACGGCCCGCUGAACCGGGAGCUGGCGGACCACUACUCCGUGACUGUGGUGGCGCGGGAUAAAGGGACGCCGUCACUGGCCACUAGUAAGUCCAUCCGAGUGCAGGUGUCAGACGAGAACGACAACGCGCCCACUUUUACGCAGCCCAUAUAUGAUGUGUAUGUGACAGAGAACAACGUGCCAGGGGCGUACAUACACGCUGUAACGGCUCAGGACCCGGACAUCGGCCAGAACUCGCUCAUCAGUUACUCCAUAUUAGAGUGUGACAUCCAGGGCAUGUCUGUCAAAACCUAUGUGUCCAUCAACGAGGAGACCGGCUAUCUGUAUGCACUCAGGUCCUUUGAUUAUGAGCAGCUGAAGGAUUUCACAUUCAUGGUUCAGGCCAGAGACGCGGGCACCCCAGAGCUCUCCUCCAACGCCACAGUCAAAGUCAUCAUUGUGGACCAGAAUGACAAUCCCCCGCUAGUGCUGGCCCCCCUGGGGAAGAAUGGCACAGCCAAGGAGCCCCUGCCCCGCUCAGCUGAGCCGGGCUAUCUGGUAACCCGCAUUGUUGCUAUGGACGCGGAUGAUGGUGAGAAUGCCCGGCUGUCCUACAGCAUCCAGAGGGGGAACGAGAACGGCAUGUUCAGGAUGGACUGGAGGACAGGUGAGCUCCGGACAGCAAGGCGAGUGUCGCCCAAGAGAGACCCCCACCAGCUGUACGACCUGCUGAUUGAGGUGAGAGACCACGGCCAGCCGCCGCUGUCCUCCAGUGCCAGCAUUCUGGUGAUGCUGGUAGACAGUGUGGCUGAAGGCCGUGGCGGUGGGGACCGGGGAGGCACUGCCAAGGCCAAAGAUGGCACCCUGGACCUCACCCUCAUCCUCAUAAUUGCCCUGGGCUCCGUCUCCUUCAUCUUCCUCCUGGUUAUGAUCGUGCUGGCUGUGCGUUGCCAGAAGGACAAAAAGCUCAAUAUUUACACCUGCCUGACCAGCGAGUGCUGCCUGGGCUGCAGCUCCUGCUGCUCACGGCAGGGAAGGGCCCGCAAGAAAAAGCUCAGCAAGUCGGAUAUCAUGCUGGUGCAAAGCGCCGGCAACGUCAGUGGAGCUGGUACGGCUCAAGUCCCCGUGGAGGAGUCAGGGAGCUUCGGCUCCCACCACCAAAACCAGAACUAUUGCUACCAGGUAUGUCUGACUCCAGAGUCUGCCAAAACCGACCUCAUGUUCCUAAAGCCGUGUAGUCCAUCUAGGAGCACAGACACCGAUCACAACCCGUGCGGGGCCAUAGUGACAGGGUACACAGACCAGCAGCCUGACAUCAUAUCAAACGGCAGCAUUUUAUCAAACGAGACCAAACACCAGCGAGCUGAGCUCAGCUACCUGGUCGACAGGCCAAGACGCGUCAACAGUUCAGCGUUCCAGGAGGCGGACCUGGUCAGCUCCAAAGACAGCGGCCAUGGAGACAGUGAGCAGGGGGACAGCGACCACGACGCCACCAACCGAGGCAAUUCCUCCGGCACCGAUCUGUUCUCUAACUGCACAGAGGAGUGUAAGGCCCUGGGCCACUCCGAUCGCUGCUGGAUGCCCAGCUUUGUGCCCUCUGAAGGGCGCCAGGGCCCUGACUACCGCAGCAACCUCCACGUGCCCGGCAUGGACUCGGUCCCGGACACAGAGGUAUUUGAAAGCCCCGAGCAAACGGCCGAUAAGUCAUUCUCCACCUUUGGCAAAGAGAGUCUCAGUCACCAACACCUCCACCACCACCACCACCUUCUCAAAAACCAUCACCUCAGCCAUCACCAGGGCUCCCUAGAGAGGAAAGAGUUGGAGGCAUUUCUGCCUAGCUCCAGAGCACCUUAUAACCUGGCUUAUUUAAUGCCUGAAGAGGCCCCCUCUCUCAUCAUCCGACACAGCUAG